GCCGUCAUCACUGACAGACCAGCUGAGGCGACGGACUCGACUGCCGGAAACUUUUACGGACCUGGAAGGGAUUUGCCGCCAUGCAGAAGAAGCCCAUUAACACCAACUCGCUGCUGGACAAGCUGCACCGCGGCGCGGUGUACGCCUGCAUUGGAGUCACCCUGUACGGCACCUACAUCCUGGGAAUGCGCUACUACCACUACUACACGGUCAUCCGACCGCAGAAGCAGCAGGCGGAGCUAAAGCUUCUGGACGAGGGAGCCCACGACAAGGCCAAGGAACUGAAGUACUAGGCCCGCCCACCUCCGCUCCUUUAAUUGUUAAAUGUCUGUUAAGCGCAAUAAACUUUAAGGAAAUGUAAGCAUUUUCAGCUGAAAACGGC